AUGAGGAUAGACGAUCACCAAUCUUCACGCAGUUUGUUCUGUCAGUCAAUCGUGAUCCGGAAGUCAGACAACGUUUCCGUCCGUAUCUGCGGCGACUAUUCUACAGGGUUGAACAACGCACUAGAAUCCGAUGCCCAUCCGCUCCCGCAUCCAGAUGAUGUUUUUGCUGAUCUGGCUGGCUGCCGGUAUUUCUCCCAACUCGAUCUAUCUGAUGCGUACCUGCAAGUCGAGGUUGAGGAGGAAUCUCAGAAGUAUCUAACGAUCAACACUCAUCGUGGACUGUUCAAAUACAACCGUCUGCCGCCUGGAAUCAAGUCCGCUCCUGGUGCGUUCCAAAAGAUUAUCGAUAGCACGGUCGCUGGUAUUCCUGGAGUGAAACCGUAUCUGGAUGACAUCAUGAUUGCCGGUAGGACAAAGGAAGAACACGAUCGCAGCCUCCAUGAAGUUCUGGAACGGAUCAAGACGUACGGUUUUCAUCUGAGGAUCGAAAAAUGUCGAUUUGGCCUAUCGCAAAUCAAGUUUCUAGGUCAUAUAAUCGACAAAGGCGGCUUACGACCUGAUCCAGCGAAGACUACCGCAAUUUCGCAGAUGCCAGCUCCAAUGAACGUAUCACAGCUUCGAUCGUAUCUUGGAGCUAUCAAUUAUUAUGGGCGUUUCGUCAAGCAGAUGAAGGAGCUGAGAGCACCCAUGGACUACUUGCUGAAACAAAACGUCAAUUGGGAAUGGACUGCAAGCUGCCAGAAGUCAUUCGACAAGUUCAAAACGCUGCUCACUUCCGACUUGUUGCUGACGCACUUCGACCCGAACAAGGAAAUCAUCGUAGCAGGUGAUGCAUCCAAAGACGGCUUGGGCGCUGUUAUUAUGCAUCGCUUCCCGGAUGGAUCAGUGAAGGCAAUUUCGCACAUUUCAAGAUCACUGACCCCUGCAGAGAAAAAUUACGGCCAGAUCGAGAAAGAAGCUUUGGCGCUGAUUUUUGCUACUGAUCACCAACCACUUCUCAAGGUGUUCGGAAGCAAAAAAGGAAUUCCGGUAUACACGGCCAACCGACUUCAACGCUGGGCGCUUACGUUGAUGCUGUACGAUUUCGACAUCCAGUUCGUGCGCACUGAAGAAUUUGGACACGCGGACCUCCUUUCAAGACUGAUGAAAUGCCAUGCAACAGCCGAUGAAGAAUAUGUCAUUGCUUCUGUACAAAUGGAAGCCGAUGUCAACGCCGUUCUCAGUGAUUCUACUUCUAGUCUUCCCGUGACGUCUGAAAUUAUCGCUGCUGAAACGUCAAGAGAUCCUGUUCUCCAAUCGGUGGUGUUCCAUAUCAAUGAAGGAUGGCCCAAGUAUUCCAAGGAAAUUGAUGAUCCAGUUGUUCAACAAUUCUUCACUCGCCGAGACAGUCUGCAGAUCGUUCAAGGUUGCAUCAUGUUCGGCGAUAGAGUCGUUGUGCCAGACCGUUUUCGCAAACGCAUUCUCCACCAACUGCAUCGAGGCCAUCCAGGAAUGGAGCGGAUGAAAUCCCUAGCGAGGAGUUUCGUGUACUGGCCCAACAUCGAUGAUGUCGUCGAAGACUACGUCCGCUGCUGUAGAUCCUGUGCUGAAGCUGCUAAGUCACCACGCAAGACGGACCUGGAGUCGUGGCCCAUUCCAUCGAAGCCGUGGGAACGAGUCCAUAUUGAUUAUGCUGGCCCAAUCAAUGGAUACUACUACUUUCUGGUAAUCGACGCAUAUUCAAAAUGGCCAGAAAUCUAUCGCACUCGAAGCACAAGUACAACAAAGACACUGGAGAUGCUAGACGAGAUAUUUGCAAGAUACGGCAAUCCCAAAACUCUCGUCUCGGAUAAUGGAUCGCAAUUUGUUAGCGCCAGAUUCAAGCAAUUCUGUGAAGAAGCUGGAAUCACCCACUUAACGAUUGCGCCCUACCAUCCACAGUCUAAUGGACAGGCUGAGCGCUUUGUGGACACACUCAAGAGAGGACUCAAGAAGUUACGAGAGGGAGGAAAUCCAGCAACUUUCCGACAUCUUCAAACUUUCCUUUCCGUUUAUCGAUCCACGCCCAAUCGAAGUGCUCCUGAUCAUAAGUCUCCUGCAGAGCUUUUCCUUGGUAGACCCAUCACUACUACUCUGGAUCUGCUCAAACCCCGGAAGACACCGACACCAGCUGUAAACAGUAAGCAAAAUAACCAGUUCAAUCGACACCAUGGCACCGUCAAGAGAGAGUUCUGCACUAAUGAUUUGGUGUAUGCAGAGGUUCAUCAUCGCAAUCAAUCGCAAAUCAAGGCAAGAUUUGUGUACCCCAAUGAAACUGCCGAUCCUGAUUUGGAAAAAGCCCAACAACCACCUGAAGUACUGCCCGAGAUGCCACCCUCAGGUCAACAACCACAUGAAGUACCACCUCCUACCGAACCAACAUUGGAUCAAGAAGAGGUUCCAGUCUCUGAAGCCGUUGUUGAAGUCAUUGAACCACAGUGCUCCAAUCAACCCGUUCGUAACCGAAGGCUUCCAGCAUGGCUUGCACCGUACGAUCUCUUUUAA